CAACAACAAUUCUUCUUCCUCUUUGGUCUGCGGAAGUACAGGAGAUACACACGUGUGCUGGUGUACAUGCGUGUAUUUUGUUAUUGUUGAAAUAUUUUUUGACGCAAAGUAUGUCUGCGUCCGCAAACAAUGAGGUACGCGGAGAUUCCGAAACAGAGGAUCCACCCGUGGUCAGCCGCACGAGGAGCGGCCGUAAAAUCCGACCGACGGCGGCGCUGCCAGAAUCCAAAACCCCCGUCCGUCGGACCAGAAAGUCCGUCAUCAGAGAAGAUCCAACCGAGAGCAGCGAAUCCAGACCUGAUGAUGGAGGUACAGCAGAUGCAAAAACAGAUCUGUGUGCCACAAUCACUGCAUCAACUACAGUGGAGGAAAAUCAAGUCUGUGAGGCACCAGUGUUGGACAGUGAGAAUGUGAAAGGGUCUGAUCAGACCAGUGAGAAGGAAAACAUAGUUGGUAACACAGAUACAGGGUCCACUGUUUUAGUCCACCCAGAGAAAAAAGCCAAAAAAAGGACUCAUUCUGAAUCCAGUGAGAAGAAAAGUAAAAUGAUGCCACUUGGGAAACCCAAGUCUGGAAGAAUAUGGAAAGACCGUAAUAAGCAAAGGUUCUCUGCUCUGUUGAGGGACAAACCUCUGCGUACCUCAUGGGAAAAAAAGAUGGAGGCCAAGAGGGAGAAGCAACUGGUUAAACAAUACCACCAGCAACUGAAGGAUGAACAGGCCAGAGAGAAAGAGGACAAGAAGAAGCGGAGAGCAGAAACUCUGAAAAGACGAGCAGAAAACGAGAGGAAAGCGGAGGUCGUGCAAGUGAUUAAGAACACUGCAAAGAUCAAGAGAAUGAAGAAGAAACAGCUGAGGAAGAUUGAGAAAAGAGACACGCUCUCAGCGCUGCAGAAGACGCCCCCUAGUGUCAAGAAAGGCUCGGGGAAAACAAAGAGCAGCUAGGGUUUAUGUGCCGAGAAGAGAGAUUAAACUUGUUAUUGUUAUAGACCUUGCUGUAAAUGCAUGACUUUAUGAAGACAUGCUGAUAUCCUCUCUUUGGCAGAGACUCUUAAGCACACUACUUUGUAUAUCAUUUUGAAACAAAGACGUAGUGAAGUUACCUUUUUGGGUGUCUAAAGUCACAUUUGUAAAGCAGAUAUGCUGUCUUGAUUUGUUAAAGCAUCAGACACAUUACUUCCUUGUGUGAAGUUUAUGUAACUGAUGUUAAAUUUCCCCCAAAAUAAAUAUUUUAUGUAUGUGUAA